AUGAGUGAUCAGACACCUCGAGGCUAUAGGCCUAUUGCGCCUCGUACCAGGUUACUCAAAGGGGGAGACGGAGGAGAGGCAGCAGGGAGUUCAGCUGGUAGGAGUGCACCAGAAGAAAAACGUAUGAGGCGGGCAUCGACAGCUUGCACGGAGUGUCAAAAACGCCGGACCAGGUGUACCGGCCCUCCUCAUUGCACCGAAUGCUCAACCCACGCCCGCGAAUGUGUCUUCGAUGAAGCCGCCGACAGACGCCGUAAGGCCUCCGCUAAGAGAACCCAAGAUCAAUUGGACCAUUUCCGGUCAUUUGUGGACGAUCUUAUCGGGCUCAUCCGAGACGGUGACGGCGAGACGGUGCAAUACAUCGUCAAUACCAUAAGAUCAGGAGCAACCCCUGGGCAGAUCCGAGAUGCCCUCACAAGCAUCUUGGACAAUGAGAAUCAAACCAUCUCCCGAAACUCAGACCUGCGCGACCUAAGUCUGAAUCUGAAUAUCACUCCCAACAACUUGGGUAAUUACUUCAACCCUCCUCGCUGA